CGAGCAAAAUCAAAACAAACCAGCCGCUGACAGUUCCCGGCGUGUUUUUCCUUCUGCUGCGUGAAAUGUGUUGCGGAAAACGUGGUGUGGUUCUGGCAAAUGUUUUUCGGAUUGUGCAAGUGGACGCGUAUACCGUCGUUUUUCGUUCGAUUUCCGUCGCGAGUGUUCCGGUUCCGGUGCCGAAGUGAAAUGUCUUCCGUCGCGAGUGAAAAUACCCCACCACCGCCGGUGGUGGUGAUUCUCGGUUCGACCGGUGUCGGGAAAACAAAACUUUCGAUCGAACUGGCGCGGCGCUACGGCGGCGAAAUUAUCAGCGCUGAUUCAAUGCAGGUGUACCGUGAUUUGGACAUAGUGACAGCCAAAGCCACCCGGGAGGAACAAUCGUUGGUACCGCACCACCUUCUAGAUGUGACCACCCCAGAUCACGCCUUUACUGUGAUCCAUUUCCGGGACGCCGCUCUGCCAAUUAUCGACCGAUUGUUGGAGGAGAAGAAGCCUCCGAUAAUCGUGGGUGGCACCAAUUACUACAUCGAAAGUGUCCUGUGGCAGGUGUUAGUUGGGAAGGAAAUUCGUGAAGAACGCGGUAUACGAAGCCCUCGUCGACGGUCGACAGAAAACGACGACGACCGGAAGAGAGUGAAACUGACUGCAGCACCAGAACAAACAACAGAAGAAUGCGUAAAAACAGAACCAGCGACAGCAAAAGCCUGCGGCGGCGAAGAGCAGGAAUCACAGCAAUCGGGUGAAAGUGAAAGUAGCAGCAGCAGUAGUGCGAAAGUGCGUACAGAAUGCGAUGACAGUGAAAAGCAAAAGUGUAAGAAAAAUGAAGUGGUCGAAGACGACGAAUCGUCUUCGUCGGCAUGCUUGGAUGAUGAAGAAGUAGAAAAAGUCGUAGCGCUAGCGACAAACGAAAUGGAACAGCUGGAAUCGACAUUUCUGCAUCGGGUUCUUGGCCGGGUUGAUCCCGUUACGGCCGAUCGGCUGCAUCCGAACAACAAGCGGAAGAUUAUAAGAGCCCUCGAAGUGCUACGUGAGGAUGGCCGCCCGCUGAGCCGUAUUCUCCAGGAGCAACGCAUCCAAACGGGAGGGUCCAAUCUGGGCGGACCUCUACGCUACCGAAACGUGGUCAUAUUUUGGCUACGAUGCGACCAGCAAACUCUGAAUCAGCGGCUUGAUUCCCGGGUCGAUGCCAUGGUUGCGCAAGGCCUACUAGCUGAAAUCCGCACCUUCUACGAGCAGUACGUGAAGCCAUACGACAACAACGACUUCGAGCGUGGAAUUUUGCAGAGUAUCGGUUUCAAGGAGUUUGCUGGCUAUCUGGAGCGGUUCGAUUCCGCCCAUGAUGCAUUGAUUACCGACUUUAUGAAGUCCUCCACUUCGGACGCAACAGAAGGUGGCAAUGUAGUCAAUGAACCUCCCGAGGGACUCCCGUUGCUGCGGCGCUGCCUGGACAAUCUGAAAAUGGUGACGCAACGGUACUCCAGGAAGCAAACCAAAUGGAUCAAUCACCGGUUUUUGGGCUGCUCGCGGAGAGAGGUUCCACCGAUUUAUGCCCUGGACACUUCGGACGUUUCCCGGUGGGAUGAGCGGGUUCUAGAUCCCGCGAGUCGGAUACUGGAAGCGGCCAUCGCAGGGACCGCCUGCCCUAUCGAUCCGUUGCCAAAGUUGGAAAAUCCUCGUGAAGGUUUGAAUGAAGAAACUUCCUUCCACUGCGCCAUCUGCAAUCGAACAUUCGUAGGACAGUACCAGUGGCAGCUGCAUUUGAAUUCCAACAGGCAUAAAAAGUGCCUGGCCAGUAGAAAUAAGAAAGCGCGGACCCAAUCUUUGCCAGAAGAAGUGAAGAGUUAAGACUAACUAGUUUUCAGAUUGAAGGACAGGAAGCACAACAUCCAAUGCCGCCUACUAACUAGGACAGCUUCCACAUCCUUUGCCCCACUUUUCCACGGCUGACUGGAUUCAAACGACACCGACUAGUAGGCGCCUGUACUUAAUCCAGGCACUUGGACCCGUUUCGAGAGCAACACCACACUGCGUACUACUAGCUUUAACUGACGACGAUGGUGAUUAUAGUGUGCCCUGCCAAAAAUUUCAAUCCAAGCAACCGGAUACAAUUCA